GUGCGGGACUCAGGGAUGCGGGAUCUGAAGGUAUAGGGGUGCAGAACACGGGUGUAAACCAUGAGUGCAGGAUCUGGGGGUGCAGAGCACAGAGGUUUAGGGCUUGGGGUUGCUGCGUGCAUGGGUACAGGGUGCUGGAUGUAGGGGCGCAAGGGCUGGGGGUGCUGGGCAUGAGGGUGCACGGUCUGUGUGUGCAGGAUACAGGAGUGCAGAACAUAUGGGUGCAAGACUUAGGGUGCCAACAGGGUCCCCUCCACCCUGACACCAUCCAGGGCCCCCCAGAAGCACCAAUGGAGAAGGACAUCGAUGGCUGCCAGGAUGGGGCUAAGACAGUGCCAAACGCCAGGCUGGGCCCUGAAGGGACAGAGACACAGCUGGAUGAUUUUGUGGGUGCUCACCCUGACUACAACGAGGAGGAGGAGGAGCAGAAGUACUUUCGCCGCAAGCGCCUCGGUGUCAUCAAGAACGUGGUGGCCGCCAGCCUGGCUGGCACCCUCACUUACAGCGUCUACCUGGGCCUGCUGCAGAUGCAGCUGAUCCUUCACUAUGACGAGACCUACCGGGAGGUGAAGUACAGCAACAUCCGGCUGGAGGACAUCGACCACAAGGUGCUGAUGGGCAUCAAUGUCACACCCGUGGCGGCACUGCUCUACACACCCAUCCUUAUCAGGUUCUUCGGCACCAAGUGGGCCAUGUUCCUGGCAGUCGGUGUCUACGCCCUCUUCGUCUCCAGCAACUACUGGGAGCGCUACUACACGCUGGUGCCCUCCGCGGUGGCCAUCGGCAUGGUCAUCGUGCCCCUCUGGGCCUCCAUGGGCACCUACAUCACACGGAUGGCCCAGAAGUACUAUGAGUACGUUAACUACAAGGAGGAGCAGGAGAAGGAGAAGAAGCGGGUGCCGCGGGAUGCCUGCAAUGCCUACAUUAUCGUCUUCCAGACUGUCUUCUACUUCUGCUUCCACCUGAGCUUUGUCUGCGCUCAGAUGCCCAUGGUCUUCUUCCUCAACAACUACCUCUACCAACUGAACCACACGCUCUUCGCAGUGAAGCACUGUGGGACCCUGAGCCAUGGCACACUGCCUGGCUUCAACAAGACAGUGCUGCAGAGCCUUCCCCGCAGCGUCAACCUCAUCAUCGUGGAGAGCAUGUUGAUGGCCACCGCCUUCCUCGCCAUGCUGGUGGUGAGCACCGGGGCGGGAGGGGACAGGGAUGGGCUGGAUGAUGGCAGGACCUCACCCACAGGCGCUCCGCAGGUGCUGGUGCUGUGUGGCGCGGCGUACCGGCCCAUGGAGGAGAUCGACAUGCGCAGCAUCGGCUGGGGCAACAUUUUCCAGCUGCCCUUCAAGCACGUGCGGGACUAUCGCCUGCGGCAUCUCUUCCCAUUGUUCAUCUACAGCGGCUUCGAAGUGCUUUUUGUCUGCACUGGAUUUUCCCUGAACUACGGCGUGUGUGCCCUGGGGCUGGAGAGGCUGGCGUAUCUCCUCAUGGCCUACGGCUUCUCUGCCUCGGCGUGCUCCAGCCUGGCCCUGUGCAUGCUGCGCCUGCGCCGGCACAUCCCGCUCCUGGCUGGAGCUUUCAUCCACGCUGCACUCCUGGUGACACUCUUCUGCUGGGCGCCGGAGCCCCGGUACCUGCCACAGGCACCGCUGCUCUACACCAUUGCUGCACUCUGGGGCACGGGCAGUGCCCUCAACAAGACCGGAAUCAGCAUCCUCCUGGGAAUGUUGUACAAGAAAAAGGAGCGCCAAGACUUCAUCUUCACCAUCUACCACUGGUGGCAGGCCCUGGCCAUCUUCACCGUCUACCUGUGGUCAGGGCUGCCCAUGAAGGUAAAUCCCAGAUAUGCCCCAGCCCACUCUGAGACAUUCCAGGCUUUUUGGGGACACACCCCCACACCAAUCCCAAAAUUCCCUGUGCCGCAGGCCAAGCUGUCCAUCAUGCUGCUGACGCUGGUGGUGGCAGUGGGGACAUACCUGUGGAUGGAGCGGAAGGUGGCACAGAACAUGGAAGUCCGGCUGCCCCGCAUCCCACGCCCACGCCAUAAAACACGUGGAUACCGCUACCUGGAGGACAACUCGGAUGAGACUGGCUCCGACGGAGACGGGGACAAGGAGGAUGAUGACAGGCACCCAACUGAGGCCACCAGUGAAAACGAGCUGCCGAAAGAGGAUGGCGAACAGCUGGGAUAAGGACAGCCUGGCCUGGGCCCCAUCCUGCUCUUGGCACCUGAGGGGGUUCCACAGCUCUCCCCGGGUGGGCCCAAAAUUCUUCAAAUCCACUCAGGUCAGGCUUGCAGCCCCCCAAGCUAAGCCUAAAGCCCCCAGGUAGCCCAGAGCCCCCCACUUUGGCUGGCAUCAGUGCUGACACACAUGACUGACAGACCCCCAUACAGGCCCAUGGACACCCCAGGUCAAGUUUGCAGCCUUCAGAUUGACCUACAGCCCCAAACUGUGGUACAGAGACCCCCCCCCCAAUUGUUGUUCAGCCCUCAGGCAGGCCCAAUAGCCCCCAAAAUUAUGAAGCAGUUGCUCAGGUGAAACCUGCAGACUCACAGGCCAACUCCCGAGCCCCCCCACGCAAAUCCACAGCCCCUCAGACAAGGCUCACGCCCCCGAGGCAGAUCUGCAGCCCCCUCCCCCCCAAUUUGGCCAAAGCCCCCCAAGGUGAGGCCCACAGACCCCUGAGCAGAUGCACAGACCCUCUAGCAAGGCUUGCAGCCCCCCACAAUGUCCUGCAGAUCGCAGCCAGACCCCCAGCCCUCCCAUAUUAGCCCCCAGCCAGACCCUCGGACCCCGCAGGGCUACCCUGGAGCCCCCAGGCAGAUCGACACCCUCCACAGACCCACACGCACCCCAGGCAAACCCUGCAGCACCCCCUAGGUUGUCCCGGAGCCCCGCUAGCUCAGCCUGCAGCUCCCCAGGCCGGCUCCGCAGGCUUCCCGACCUCUCCCAUCCCCAUUUUCCUUAAAUAAACCCCCUCCCUCCGUCUCUUUGGGCCUCACCUCCUCCAUCCUCCGGCCACGCAUUCUCAGC